CUGCAGUUCUCACGUGAGAUCUCGGCCCCAAACGCUCAGUUCAGCUCUGUUACAUGCUGAUCCCUCAGGAAGGACUGUGGGCCACAGGGAGUGUGCCUGCAGCCUGGAUCCUUCCCUCUCCCAAGACUUCAGUGAGCUCCAGACUGCAUCUUUUGGCCUACACUUCCCCCUUCCCUUCUCCCCUGCUUGCCAGAUUUGCCCACCUUCAGGAUACUGGAGAAAACAAUUGGAUCACAUAUCUGCUCACCUCAGGUCUUAUGCUCAGAACAAUCCUGAAUUCCGGGCCUUGAUUUCUGAACCCAGGAUGGGAAAGCUUAUCUCUGCUACUGUCCAUGAAGAUGGCUAUGAAGUUAGUGUCAGGCUGAAUUAUAUUCAAGUCUCAAACAAGAACCUUUACUUCAACAAGGCAGUGAAUUUCAGUGACCACUUUCUCAGCAGUGUCACUGAGGGUGGUACUGAGCUGUUCGGCAGCAGGUCCAGCUUGGUAAGUGACUGCAGCCAGAGCACCUCAGAUACUACUGAAAAAGUCAAGAGGACAAAGAAUUUCAAGACCAAAAUAUUUCAAGAAAAGAAGGAGCAGCUUACACCUGAAAACAGACUCCUGCUGAAGGAAGUUGGACCAUCUGGGGGAGGAAGAGUCUCUGUGAUUGAACAGCUGCUUGAUGAAGGAGCAGAUCCUAACUGCCGUGAUAAUGAAGAUCGACCCGUUAUCACUGUGGCUGUGAUCAAUAAGCACCAUGAAGUGAUCCCAGUUCUCGUGCAGAGAGGAGCAGACAUCGACCAGCAGUGGGGACCGCUCCGAAAUACAGCUCUUCAUGAAGCAACUCAGCUUGGCCUGGCAGGAAGGGAGUGCGUCAGUGCUUUACUGCGAUGCAGUGCAAGCAUCCAAAGGAAGAACACGAGAGGCCAGACGGCCCACGACCUGGCUGUGAGAGCUGGGGAUGGCCUCAUCACCUCGCUCUUUGCUGCUAAGAGCGGCCUGGAUGACUGUUAGUCCCCAGGGCCUCUGCGGGGCUUCACUUAAAGAAUCCAUCCAGUUCUGGCUGUUUGUUUGUUUCUUUCUGAAAUGUGUAUUUAAGGUUUAGAAAUUGAGGUUGAGAGGAACUCAUAAGUUGUUUUUUAUAUUAUAUGACAGUGUAAGCCACCAAUACCUCAUGGACAUUUUCCAAUGUGCCCCGGAAGAUGAUGAAUUUACUGUAUGUUUUUAAAUGGCUUAUCUAUUUCUUUUAAUUUUUAAUUUAUUUCUCAACAGACUAUAAUUGUACAUGGUUCAAAGCUAAAAGGUAUAAAAAAAUCAUGUAGUAAAAAAUGUCCUUCCUGUCCAUGUCCCACAGCCACCCACUUCUCCUCAGAGGCAACCAAUGGUACCAGUGUUAUCUGUAUCCCAAAAUUGUAUAGGAUUAUAUAAGCACAUAUAUAUAAUAUAUGCAUAUGUACAUAUAGAGAGUAUGCAUAAGUAUAUAGAUAACAUAUAUUCUGUUCCCUCUUUUAAGAUGAAUAGUAGCAAACCACACACUGGUCUGCAUCUUGUUCUUUUGCUUAAAGUAUCUUGUAGGUAGUUUCAAAUUACUACAUAAAGAUUUAUUUAUUUAAUUUUUUUUUCUUAUGUUGAACUCAUCAAUAUUUCUAUUGGUAUGAUUUGCUCUUUGGUAAUAAAUAAGCUUUGAAUAAACCA